GGCCCAAAUGCCCCGGCGUGUUUUCGCUGGGCCGUCGGGAUCAGGGGGCCACGGAGCGGAGAUUCCCGCGGGUCCCGUGUGCGUUCGGGGCGGGACGACGGGGGCGGCGGUGUCGGCACCUGUUCCCCAACGCCAUUCGCACCUGGCUGCCCUGUCGUCCUCUCUCCUCCCCUUCCCCUCCAGCUGUUUCCUCAACCUCUUGCCCCAACCACAGCCGCGCCAAUCGCACAGGUGAUAUGAUUUGAGGACUAGUGGUGGUGUUUCUUGGACAUUGCAGCAACAGCUAAUCAGCUAGGGCACUUUGGGUGCUGUUGUUGUUCAUGGCACUGAAGCAGCAUGUUGCGAUAUUCACCACGGCGAGCCUGCCGUGGAUGACUGGCACUGCCGUCAACCCCCUGUUCCGGGCGGCUUACCUUGCCAAGGCUGGGGACUGGGAGGUCACGCUGGUCGUCCCAUGGCUGUCAAAGGGGGACCAGGUGCUCGUUUAUCCUAACAAGAUGAAGUUCAGUUCGCCGGCGGAACAGUUAGGCUAUGUGCGGCAGUGGCUUGAGGAGCGGAUCGGGGUGUUGCCGAGGUUCAAUAUACAGUUCUAUCCUGGGAAGUUUUCAACAGAGAAAAGAAGCAUUCUACCUGUUGGGGACAUUACUCAGACCAUAUCUGAUGACAAAGCAGAUAUUGCAGUGCUAGAAGAGCCAGAACAUCUUACAUGGUAUCAUCAUGGACGGAGGUGGAAAAACAAAUUCAGAAAAGUCAUAGGUGUUGUUCAUACAAACUAUUUGGAAUACGUGAAAAGAGAGAAAAAUGGAUAUAUCAGUGCAUUUAUCUUAAAACAUAUAAAUUCUUGGGUCACUGACAUAUAUUGCCAUAAGGUUAUAAGAUUGUCUGCAGCAACUCAGGAUGUACCUAGGUCUGUGAUUUGUAAUGUUCAUGGAGUAAACCCCAAAUUUAUUGAAAUUGGCAAAUUGAAACAUCAACAGCUAUGUCAAAGAGAGCAAGUAUUCUUCAAGGGUGCAUAUUAUAUUGGAAAGAUGGUAUGGAAUAAAGGUUACACAGAGCUCCUCCAGCUGCUUCACAAGCACCAAAAGGAAUUGUCUGGUCUUAAAAUGGAGUUGUAUGGCAGCGGAGAAGAUUCUGAUGAAGUAAAAGCAUCAGCUGAGAGACUGAAUCUAGAUAUUAGAGUCUAUCCUGGUCGCGAUCAUGGAGAUUCAAUAUUUCACGACUACAAGGUUUUCAUUAACCCAAGCACAACUGAUGUGGUAUGCACAACAACUGCAGAAGCUUUGGCGAUGGGGAAGAUUGUGAUAUGUGCAGAUCACUCUUCGAAUGAAUUUUUCAAAAGGUUUCCUAAUUGCCAUAUGUACAGUACUGAUAAAGAGUUCGUCAGGCUUACAAUGAAAGCAUUGGCAGAAGAGCCAAUCCCGCUGUCAGAUGAAUUGAGGCAUGAGCUUUCCUGGGAGGCAGCGACAGAAAGAUUUGUCAGGGUUGCUGACAUUGCACCAACCAUGUCUGUCAGGCAACAACCUCCCUCUUCACAGCAUUUCAUGCACAUUUCCCCAGAUGAACUGAAGAAAAACAUGGAAGAUGCAUCCGCAUUUUUCCAUAACACGAUCUCUGGUUUUGAAACUGCUCGCUGUGUCUUUGGUGCAAUACCAAAUACUCUGCAGCCAGAUGAACAGCAAUGCAAGGAACUUGGGUGGAAUUUUCAGGGAUAAUAUUCCUUUUCUUGCGAUGCUGUUGCGACAACUAACUGCAGUCCAGUUGGUGGCUCAGGAACUAACUCAGCAACACAAAAAAUCUGUGACUCGAAAAGGAUCUCAGAUUAAUCAGACAGGCUCUUGUUGUGGUUUUCUGGUGCGGCGGUAACUGCAAUUUUCCUUCGCGAAACAGAGGUGUCGAGAAAUUCCUGUGAUGCAUCUUGUCUGGUAAUUGUAAAUCUACACGCUUGAAGUGCACACCAGUGUUAUGAUCUCAUGUAUGUAGCCGGUGUUUUGUGGCCUCGUGUUGUUUCCCGAGCUUGGCAGAUGCUUUAACUACUGUGUAAGAUGUGAAAGAGUCUUGUGUAUCAUUCCGUUCCUAUGUCA